AAACUGUUAUACUGGAUAGGCAAUUUUGUGUAAUAGGCAUCGGUAUAUGCUGAACGCUGUAGCAUGUAAGAUGGCAUUGAGCAAGCAAGACAGCUCUAUGAGUUUGAUGCAAAAAGCAUUAUACCAGCAACACCUGGACCGUCGAUUUUGUGACCUCAUCGUGAAGAUAAAUGAUGAGGUGUUUCAUAUGCACAGUUGCGUGAUAGCAGCAGCUUGUCCGAAACUACAUGAUGUACUACAAGAAAGAAACAAUUUUCAUUCCGAGCCGUUAAACCAGGACCUUAAGUAUUUUCAGCAAGAGUCUUUUACGCCAACUUGUUUUUCGUUCCUACUAACGUUCAUGUAUACGGGUAACUUGCAGUGGGAAAAUAUGAAAAGCGAAGAUAUACAAGAUGCUUUCAUAGCCGCACAAUGGUGCGGUUUUGAUAAGAUUACCGAUGAAUGUCGCAAACUGAUGACAGAAUGCGAUGGAACGCAUAAAGAUGCGAUCGAACUUUGUGAGAAUGGUGAAAGUGAGGAAGGGAUUGGUGAUACACCAACCACCACAACUACUAUGGUUGUGUUGGCAAAAGAUGAUGAUGAAGAAAUGCAGCAAGUUGUUCCGUAUUGUUCAAAUGAUGAUAUUGGUGCUGUUGGGUCAGUGAAAAAACUCGCUGGCAUGUGCUAUGAAGACGCAAUGCAGAACCAAAACGUGAUAUACUGUAUGUUAUGUGCAGAAAUGUUCAGCGCAACAGAUGAUACACUGUUUAUAGAGCAUAUGGAGAAACAUGCUGUUCAAUCUGGGAUCACUCAUCACAGAUCUGCAGACACACAGUCUAUUAAGUCACUGUUGUCUAAAUACAAACCGAUUAACAGUGAUGAUGAUGAUAAUAUGGAAAACGGGGAGCAAGAAGAAGAUAUGUCAACAGUAGCAAUUUAUAUUGAUGAUGAGGACCAGGAAUAUCAGGAUCCAGAUGAAAAAGAUGUAAAAAAGAAACGACUCUUCGCGAAAUGUUUUAGUUGCCACUAUUGUCAUAAGCGAUUUACUUCUCAGAAGUCAAAGAAAACACAUUUAAGGACCUGUAAAGUGAAGUUACAUCGACAGAACAAAGUUGAUGGGGAAGAAGAAGAUGAUGAGGGGAAGAGAAAGCGUGGAUGGAGGGUUAAGGCUGUUCGGAAAUCUAAAGCUGUGCCAACGAAAAUGUGGUUGUGUCCAGAAUGCCCAACAUUGGUGUUUUACAAGAAGCGUGACCAAACAGCGCACAUGCGCACACAACAUGGAAAUACAAAGCAAUUUGUUUGCGAGGAAUGCGGUAAAAAGUUUCAGGGUAAAAGUGCUCUUAACUGGCACAGUCGGAUACACAGUGGUGAGAAGCCUUAUGUUUGCCAUCAUUGUGGUAAAGCAUUUACUGAGCUAAGGAGUCAGUUAGCUCAUGAGAGAGUUCAUACAGGGGAACGACCUUUUCUCUGCACAAUCUGUGGCAAAGACUUUUCUUUCCGACAAUCCCUUUCCCGUCAUAUGAAGUUUCAUGCUGGAGUAAGACCUUACCAAUGUAGCAUUUGUGGAAAAUCGUUUGUCUUAAAACACAACCUCACUGAGCACCAAAUUCGACACGAAAAGCACAAGCUCGUCAAGUGCCAGUCGUGCCUCGAGUCGUUCUAUAAUCAAGAACUCCUUAUGGAACACCGUCGGCAUCAUCAUAUGUCAGAAACUGGACCUGAUGUCAUUGAUAUGACAGUGCCCCCACACAAGAGACUACAGAUUUCUGAUGGAACUGAGCAAGACCAGUACAACAUGACGCUUGAAGACGCAAUUCUAGAAACAUACUAAAAGGGAUUUAAACUGUAAUGUAAAAAACCUUAGAGUUAUAUUUUGAUAGUCGUCAAAACAUAAUUAAGGCAAUUAUCUUGUAAAUACAGCAUUUUUACUGUUUCGACUCGCAUGUGUUAGCUAUAGUGCUCAUUUGUUUUGCUUGCUCCUCUGUCAUUCACAUUGUUGUGUUGUGUAUUUGGGCCAAUAUUUUAUUAUGAGCGUAUGUUGUGUGCUCGUAGUAUACUAACUGUUAUCGUGUACAGUUUCGUACCGAAAACUUGUCUUAUUUUUAUAGCUUUCUCUCAUUGUCUGUACAAUAUCGGAAAUAGGCGUAAUUUAAUUUUAA